UUUGGAUCUGCCCGUGCCGCGUGCACCCAUUCUCCGCCCCAGUCUGUCAUUUUUAGCGGCUCCGCCCUAGUGGGCGGCGGAGGAGCCCAAGCAUGGGACGGCAGCGCAGUCCGACCAUGUGGGCAGUUUGACGAUUCCUCGCCGCAUCCUCUACCCCCAAAGUACCCGUAGACCCUGUUCCCCCUCUUCUGUCCCGGAACGACGCUCGACCCUACCCUCGCACCGCAUGUCAAGUCGCCGUUAGUUGAGGGGCAUGGGGCGCAACGCGCGGAAGCGUAUCUCGUACGUGCUGCCACUUGCGGAAUCAGCAGAAGGACACCGGCUGGGCGUGAAUGGCUUGGCCGUCGACCCAGUGAACUCGACCCUCUAUUCGGGUGGGCGUGACGGCGUGAUAUGCGCCUGGGACCUGCACCUCGAUCUGAGACAUAGGGACCGCGACGAAAGAGACCCUUUUGCCGACUCGAGCGCACCGGGCUACAAACCGCCGCCGACCCAGUUUCGUCAGCAGGUGCAAGCGCAUACGCAUUGGAUCAAUGACAUAGUCCUUGCGCAGAACAGCCAGGCACUCGUCUCCGCGUCCUCAGAUAUCACCGUCAAGCUAUGGCGACCCGGCGCCCAAGAUGUGCUGCCUCCACAGACCAUCGGCCUCCAUACCGACUACGUAAAGCGCGUGGCCUCGCCAGGUCUGCACGAAAACUGGGUGGCUUCAGGCGGGUUGGACCAUAAGAUCAGUCUGUGGGAUCUCAACGGAGGCGGACAGAAGCUGCAGAUAUCAGUGGGCGACGAUGAGAAUACCGCGAAAGGCUCGGUAUAUGCGCUUGCGGCAACCCCCUCUAUUGUCGCAAGCGGUGGGCCAGAGAGCAUCGUGCGGAUAUGGGACUCAAGAACGGGAAAACGAAUCACCAAGUUUGUUGGGCACACAGACAACGUGCGGGACGUUCUCAUCACGCAGGACGGAGACACCAUCCUGACUGCUUCGUCAGACCAAACUGUCAAGGUCUGGUCACUGACAGCGGGAAGAUGCAUGUACACGCUAACCAUGCACAACGACAGUGUAUGGUCGCUGUUUUCGGACCACCCGCAGCUGUCUGUAUUCUACUCUGCUGAUCGAUCAGGAAUAGUAGCGAAGAGCGAUGUGCGCAAUUGUCCUGAGAUGGACGAAGGCGUCUCACUAGCGGUAUGCCAAGAGCACGACGGAGUGAACAAAGUCAUCGCCGCGGCAGACUAUGUGUGGACAGCAACUUCGAGCUCGAGUAUAAAUCGAUGGAAUGACGUCGAAACCGCAGCCGACAUUGCGCUGCCAGAGUCCUACAAGUGGCAUCGAUCUAGCGUUGCUACGACGCGGUCGCGGUAUCCCUCACCUCCGUCAGACAGGACGCCUCCAGCGAACGGGGCAACACCGAAGAUCCCAUACAAGGCACUUUUGCGGAUGUCCAAUACCGCACCUUUCCCACAGUUCUUCUCUCCGAAGGACGCUGAAGCCUCCACUUUGUACUCUGUAGCGACCGCACGGAAACCCUCCGAGGUAUUGUCUGCAGCAGAUCCGGGUGUAGUGGUCCCAUGCCGGGACCUCCCCGAUUUCACUAUAGAGGGGCAGAAUGGUCUCAUCAAGCACCAUCUUCUUAAUGACAGGAGGAGAGUGCUCACUCUCGAUACCGCGGGAGAAGUGAUGCUGUGGGAUCUAUUAUCGUGCGUCCCAGUGAAGUCAUUCGGCAAGCGCCACCUUGAGGAUGUCGAACCCGAAGUCAACACCCGAGAAACCGUUGCACAUUGGUGUGCCGUCAAUACAAGAACGGGGAGUUUGACCUGCGUGCUCGAAGAGAAUUACUGCUUCGAUGCGGAGAUGUACGCAGACGAACUACAGCUCGAGGAGAAGAUCGAUUUCCGCGAGGAUCAGAGGAUAAACCUGGGCAAAUGGAUAUUGCGAUAUCUGUUCUCCAAUCUCAUUGAUGAGGAAAUCAAGCGAGACGCCACCUUCAGGGACAAUCUUCUGAAGGAAAAGGAAAGGGAGAAGAGUACAGCUAGCCGAGCCAAUCCUCCUAGCAGCAUUCAGAUACCAGAAGCACAACUGAACGGUUGGAACAACGCCGCAUCAGGACCCACAUCAGGUUCUACUAUUCGGGCAACGAACGGGUUCCACUUGCCAGUCACGACUCCCGGUAUGGCGAUCGGGCUUGCUACUCCGAUGCUCCCCCCGACCAGUACCAGCCACGGCUCGCAUCACAAUCCGCUCUUAACGCCUACCACUGAAGAGAGCGCACCGCUAGAGAAGACACAGACGCAGCGGAGUUCUGCCCAAGAUCAGUCCGACUAUUUCUCCGCGACGCCCACCACUAAUGGUAAACCCUAUACUUCUACCGAAAGUUCGACCACCGACUCGACCCAAGAACACCUCCCGCAGUCACCAGCAGAGGAGGCACCCACCACGCAGAAGAAGGGCAAGGCCCUCUUCUCCAAGAAAUUCAACAUGUCCUUCAAUAUGAAGAAGUUCGGUACCUCGUCCUCGUUACCCGAGGCUCCCAAGCCGGCGCCAACGGACGAGAAGUCGGAAGAUAGCGCCUCCACUUCCAGCAAAACCGACGAGAAGGUCAUUGAAGAUAACUUCUUCGGUGCCAUUCAGAAGAUACGGCAGGGCUAUGAGGAGCAAGUCAACCUAGGCGCGCAGAAGGUGGACACGCACAUAGUGCCCAGUCUACCGAAUGAGACACCAGUGUUAAAGCCUCCUGCAUCAACGACAAUACUCAUCCAAGAGGACCGCCCGGACUCAGGCGGCGUAGCCGAUCUCUUCGAGGGCAAAGUAGGGUCGCUAGGCCAACAAGCCGAACUCAUCGAAAAGGUCGCUCCGGUCUGGCUCGCCGAUGUUCUCCUCCGAAACCAAAUCCCACUCAAAGACAUAGUAAAAGUCUCCUUCAUCCUCGAGCCCUACCAAAACCGACUUCCCAGCAUAUCAUCCGACGGGUACAUUCCCCUCUUUCCCCCGCCAGACAAAGUCGUGCGCGAUGCUAAUACGCCACAAAGCAACAACCGCCUCAACGCGAACCGCAUGCUGCGCGCGAGGAAGAUACUGGCGUAUGUAGCAGAGAGGAUUGAGCCUGCGCCUACUAAGGAAGAGGAGGAGGAGCAGAAGGAGAAAGGUGGGCCGCUGAAGCCGGAGGAGUAUUUAGAGCUUUAUUGUCAGAAUCAGCUCAUUUCCCCGACUAUGACGCUCGCCUCUAUCCGCGCGCAUGUCUGGCGCGGCGGCGGCGACGUGCUCCUCUACUACAAAGCCAACGGGCGCAAAGAAAUCAAGCAAACGCCCUUCCCUCCUGUGCCUGAAAGCCCCGGUAGCAGCGGGGUAUCGGAAGGCAAAGCAUCAUCUGAAGGAGGAAGGAGCAGCCAUUCCUCGAGAGGUAUUGUGGAAGGCAAGGCUUGUUGAUUUUCCGGAUUCCGUGCAUGAUUUGAUGUUGGAUGAUUUGCAUUCGUCUUCUUAUUGUAGAGAUGUCUGCUUUUUUUGUGUAUUGUACAUAGUUGAGCUUUGCCUCGCGCAUACCCCAUGGGUGCUCCAUGUCUACAUGGCUUGAGCCUGGGUCUGUAGGUAUAAUACAGCGGCGUCGUCUU